AUGGGGGCUUCACUCUACGAUCGUCUCUGGCGUCGCGAGUGUGGGCAACACUCGGCACAUGGCUCCCUCCGAGGUAUCUACGGCGCAAAGGAAUGGAUCGAGGACUUGGAUAUCGUCAACGAACUGGGUGGACAUACAGAAUGUGUGAAUGCGCUGAGUUGGUCAAGAUCCGGACGUCUCUUGGCGUCGGGCUCAGAUGAUCAACACCUGAAUAUCUACUCAUAUCAACCCGACUCUUCUGAUGCACAGUUUGCCCUACACACCACCGUGGCCACGGGCCACAAAGCCAAUAUCUUUUCCGUCAAAUUCAUGCCACAUUCCAAUGACCGGACUUUAGUCACCUGUGCCGGCGAUUCUCAAGUCCGCGUCUUUGAUAUUGAAUACGCCAGUACCAAUGGGGGAAGUGCCUCCACGUCGGCCUUUGCGGCCUCGGCUCGCAGUCGACGUUUCCACAAUUUCUUCGACGGAACCCGAUACUUGAAUGCGGGGAACACCAACGCCAGAGUCUAUCGCAGCCACGCAGAUCGCGUGAAGCGAAUCGUCACCGAGUCGUCACCACACCUUUUUCUCACCUGCUCGGAAGAUGGGGAGGUACGCCAGUGGGAUCUUCGUCAGCCCUCCGAGGCGUAUCCGCCCCCAGCAGGGGGUCAGGGUUUCAUGGCUUAUCGGCCAGGCUUAGAUCACGACGACUCAAACGUCCCACCGCCGCUGAUUUCAUACAAAAAGUUCAGAAUCGAUUUGAAUACCAUCUCAUGCUCGUCCAGUCAGCCGCACUACAUCGCGCUUGGUGGCGCCCACAUGCAUUGCUUCCUGCAUGAUCGGCGCAUGCUGGGGCGGGAUCUCCUAGCCGAAAGAGGCCGCCCCGGGGGCUCCACUUCCACCAUCGGAGAUCUAGAGGAUGACAUGAUGGGCAAAGCUACGCGGUGUGUUCGACGCUUUGCACCUCGAGGGAAACGCCGUUUGAAGCAUCUCGACGAUGGCCAUAUCACUGCCUGCAAGAUCAGCGACGCCAAUCCGGAUGAGAUGGUGGUCAGCUGGUCUGGCGACCACAUCUACAGCUUCGAUCUCAUCCGUAGCCCGGAUGCCCGAGAUUGGGCUUCGGAUCUGCCCGGAUCACACGCAAAGUCCAGUCGUCGCAAGAUCGAUGCGCAGGGUCGGAACCGCAAGCGGCCCAAGCCGUCAUCCAUGUCUUCCCAGGAAAGUGGGGAUCGUCAUCAGCCUCAUCAGCGCACGGAAGAAUCAGAAGGGUUUCGUGUGGCAUAUGGGACCGGUGAGUCGGAGGAUAUGUUCUUUUCAGCAGCACCCGACAGCGAUGAAAUGGCCAUGGUUCAGCGUGCGCGAUACUCGAUGAUGAAUGAGUCUCAACGGCUCAGCAUGCAGAUCGCCAAGAGCCUUGUCAAGCUUCGUCAGACCCUCUUCACCCUCGACACAGAAUCACGCGAGGCCAUGGAGGCCAAAGAUCAGGGCGCUCAUCCUGAGAUCAUGUAUCAUUCGGCAUCGUUCGCCUCGGCUUUGUCACAGGCGUCCGACUUGCUAUCUAGGAUGGACCAAGUAAUGAGCGAGUGGCGCUAUCCGACGAAUCCCUCGGAAGAGACGGUCAUUUUCCAGCAGACUCUUCGCCGCAACCGUCAGGCGUCUUGGCGAUUUGUGCAGGCUGCUGGCACUCUCGCUCGCAUCUUAUCGGGGCAGAAUUCCGAAGACGCAAGUUCGGACACUGCGUCUAGAUUCUCGCAGAUCGUCCCGGCGCCGGUCGAGGACGAGUCUAUCGAUGCCGAGUCACAAUUUGGAUACGACUUUCUCAAAGCGAUUUUACUCUGGAUAGAAGGUGGCCGGUCAGCAUUGCUACGAGGGUUCCAGUUGGAUCGUCAGCCGCGGCGAGUGGAGGGCCGGUUCCCUCUUCCCGCUACGGCCAUGGACAGUGCAAUCGAUACAAUUCUGCUGCCUUAUCUGCAGGGCCUCGCAGGGCAAACAUCCGUCGUGAACGUGGAUGCAUCCCGAUUUGAGUAUGAAGAAUCGCGCGUUCUCUUUCCAACUCAAGCCGGCGCUGUGUUCGCGUUCGGAAGUGCCGUCCGUCUGCCUCUCGAAGACCUGGCCACCUCGGCGGCUCCGGGCGAUUCGCAAGGCGAGCCCCGUUCCCCUUCGCCAAUUCCGUCCUCAGAUCGAGCCUCGGCAACGAGGUUCUGGGUUUUGCGUGUGGGCCGCGGAAUUUUGAUGGAGGCCGGAAAGGGAAUCGACUACUCCUUUGUGAACCGGGCCUUUGGGGGCAUACACACGGUAUUAGACGACGAUGGAUCGAGCGACCUCGAGAUUGAAAGGUGUCAAGAUGACAUCGAUCUCGAUGAAGAGGAUUUGUGUGAAUCAACCAUGAGGGCUUCCAGGGCUUCUCGCUCCGAGCGAGUCCCCUUUUCCGAAGGCAGCUCAAGACCUUCGACGCUUGCCGCAUUGGAAUCAGAGGCUGCUCGUGCGGACAGGCUUUGUGUCAGCAACAACCGCGAGACCGAGGGGAUGGACGACAGUGACGACGAUGAGGACGACGAAGAAGUGGAUAGCGACGAGGACGACGAGGAGGUGGAUGGCUGGUACUUGGGCUACGUCGAUACUUCUGACGAAGACAGAGACGGCGACUCGGAUCAUGAUGAGAGCCAAGGGGAUCGCUUUGGUCAUGGGUUACGACGUAAGUCCCGGCACGGUGAGGUAGAGGCCCACACGCCGGUUACAGCACACACCCAAGUGUACCGCGGACACUGCAAUAUCAAGACCGUGAAAGACGUCAAUUUCUUUGGCCUCAACGAUGAAUACGUCGUGAGUGGGAGUGAUUCGGGCCAUGUCUUCAUCUGGGAUCGCAAAACCGCCAAGCUUGUAAACAUCCUCGAAGGAGAUGGCGAGGUGGUCAAUGUUGUGCAAGGUCAUCCCUACGAGCCCACCCUUGCCGUGUCGGGCAUUGAUAAUACAAUCAAGAUUUUCUCUCCGGAUCGUCACGCUCAAGAUCUCGCCCGCAGAGGUAUCAAUAUCCUUGAUCCUGACAGCGCGGCAAAUUGUGUGACCCCGGCGAACCUUGCCACCCUCAAUCCGCGCCACCCGGGCGGACUUGAGAGUCGUAAGCGAAUUCAUAAUAGCUAUCGGAUCAUGAGCCAGAAUGACGUUGAUCGUCGGGGUGGCAUGAGCGAAGCCUUUAUCACGAGGAGCAUGUUGGCACGUCUUGCGGCCACACUUCGUAGUGGUCAAAAUAAUCCUGUUGGAGUCCCGGCGGGCGUGGUCCCUGGUGAGCCAGCUACGGUUGUCCUCGACGAUAAUUGCACUGUGAUGUAA